UAGAUUUGUGCUGGUGCGCCACUCAUCAUGCUUCACUGCUUUAACGUUAUCUUCCUUUUCCUUUUGUUUUCCCCCAAAUUCAUCACUUUGUAAUCUAUAAAAGGACGGACGGUCGGAGGAGGAGAAUCACUCAGAGACACAGGCUCAUGGGCGCCGCGGCAAGCUGGAUUCAUCAUGCGGUUAUUUGCCAAUACGUUCAUCUCUGAUCCUUGAAGCAAAAAUAUUUUAUCCAACGUUGUGGAAUCUUAACCGAACAAUUUGUUAGUGUUUUUUUUGUGUGUGGACCAUAUGCUUUUUACCACAUCUUUUUGUAAUGGGGGAUACGGAGAGUUGCAGUAGUAGAGCGGCGGAUUUCGCCCCGAGUCAGAGACGAAACCAGAGGCAAAAGAUUGAAGUGUAUAACGAAGUUCUUUGUCGACUUAGGGACUUGAAUAUUGAGGAGUCAACCUUCCCUGCUUUUGAAGAUGAACUUUGGGCUCAUUUCUCUAUACUUCCCACGAGGUAUGCGUUUGAUGUAAAUGUGGAGAGGGCAGAGGAUGUUCUUAUGCACAAAAGAUUACUUUUGAAGGCACGCCAUCCUGCUAGCAGACCUGCAAUCGAAGUUCGACUUGUGCAAGUUCGUUCUGCUUCAGAUAUAAACCAGGUUGAAUCGGUGCAUAUGAAGUUUGCAAGAAAAGCUGAUGUUCAGUUUUCAGAUUAUCCCAACAAAAAGAGGGUUCAUCCGCCACCUGCCUUUGGUACAUCGUCAGAUCUUGAGCUUAUGCAUGAAGCUAAAAGAGUGACUAAAGAUAUAGAAAAUAUACUUAAUGCCAAACCAAUUCGCUUUCGGUUGAUGCAUGAGAUAACUAUUUCAACAAAUGACAAACCAAAACUUCUAACACAGUUGACUUCUUUAUUAUCUGAACUUGGGCUGAACAUACAAGAAGCACAUGCUUUUUCCACAACAGAUGGUUAUUCCUUGGAUGUGUUUGUUGUUGAUGGUUGGGCCCUUGAGGAUACCGAGCAACUCAGAAAUGUAUUGAUAAAGGAGAUAUCCAAAGUUGAGAAGCUUUCCAAUUUAAAGUCUCAUGCCAUAUAUCAUGUUAGGGAGCUAGAGCAGACUGGAAAUAAACUUAACUCCAAUCAUGUAAACAUACAUGGUAUUGGAAAUGAUGUUCGGGAAAUUGACACUAGCCUGUUGAAGUAUGAAAGUAAACUGGCUUCCUGCUCUUAUGGUGAUCUGUAUAAAGGUACUUUCUGUGGUCAAGAUGUUGCUAUCAAAGUUCUUAGGACUGAGCAUCAAAAUGAGAACCUACGAAAGGAAUUUACUCAAGAAGUUAAUAUCAUGAGGAAAAUUAGGCACAAUAAUGUUGUUCAAUUUAUCGGUGCAUGUACCAGCCCUCCUAGCUUGUGCAUUGUGACAGAGUUUAUGUCUGGUGGAAGCAUUUAUGAUCUUCUACAUAAACAAAAAUCUGGUUUUAAGCUUCCAUUCUUGCUCAAAGUAGCAAUUGAGGUUUCAAAGGGAAUGAGCUACUUGCACCAAAGCAGUAUAAUGCAUAGGGAUUUGAAAGCUGCCAAUCUUUUGAUGGAUGCAAAUGGAGUUGUCAAGGUAGCUGAUUUUGGUGUCGCUAGGGUAGCUCAGCCAGGUGUGAUGACUGCAGAAACUGGAACAUAUCGUUGGAUGGCUCCAGAGGUGAUUGAGCACAAACCAUAUGAUCACAAAGCUGAUGUUUUCAGCUUCGGAGUUGUUCUAUGGGAACUGCUUACUGGAAAGCUUCCAUACGAGAAUUUAACACCCUUACAAGCAGCAGUGGGCGUAGUCCAGAAGGGUCUAAGGCCUGUUAUUCCUAAACAUACUCACCCAAAAUUUGUGGAGCUGCUGGAAAGAUGCUGGCAACAGGAUCCAUCUCUGAGACCUGAAUUCUCUGAAAUUUCAUAUAUUUUGGAAGACAUAGCCAGUAGAUAGAGGAAAGCUGUGAGAAAUCAUCCUUUGCUUGCUUCUUUUCGUUAAGAAAUGUCAGAUAACCUU